AUGCCUUUAUCUCUAUUCCCUUUCUUUGCAUUAGUAACAAUCUUAACCUUUUUGGAGAUCGGUAUUUCAGCUUCAUAUUGCCAAAACCUCUCAAAUGAAACCCUUGGUAAAGCCUCUUGUCCUUUGAACUUUGACAUCCUUAAGAAGUUGGUAAACAAAGACCCUGAAAGCUCUACAUUUGCUAACAUUUCUACACAGUGUCAAACCAUCCUUGAAGGACUCGAUUUGGUCCGAUCCGAGUAUCUCCGAACGAACGAGUACUUUGUUCCCCCUCCCACCACCUCUAAGGCAUGCUGGGAUUCCUAUCAACUGCUAAUAGGUGAGUUCAUAAAUGGUUUUGAUAUCGAAACUUCUUGCGGAUAUAAUAUUGCAGAAUGGAUUUCUAAACCCUGCAUGAAUAUAAAAUCUAGAGCACAAUUUGAGAGCCUAAUCCCCAGUACCGAAUUGUACCAAUUAAGAUAUUACUGUACUCAGUCUUUGGAUGAUAGUUUUACGUGUGAAUUAUGUACUAGAAAGCUGCUCCAACUUGGGAAAAAUUACUUCGAUGGCAUCGGUAGCACUGCGGGGAACAUCUCUGCUUGUUCAGGGUAUCCUAGUAUGUAUGCAGCUGCAUUUAUCAACAAUUUUGGUCCAACUGAUAAAGCAACUGCUAAGUGUUUGUUUUCCAUAGAACUUAAACCGAAGAAAUCGAGCAGUAGCCACCACCGAAGUGCAAUUGCUGGUGCCACAGCUGGUUCUCUUGUUGGUCUACUUGGGGCCUUUUCUGCAAUUUUAGUCCUUCUGAUGAGACGACAUAGGAAAAAUAUAAAGGAGAGGAGUCGCCGUGUUAUGGAGAAGAACGAUUCAGUUAAAGAUGAGACUAGUUUGGUUUUCGGAUUCGGAUUGUAUAGUAGAAGCACCGGUUUAAAGAAGUUCAAAAUUAAGGAAAUCAAAAGUGCGACAAUGAAUUUCUCGAGAGAGAACAUUAUUGGAAUGGGAGGAUACGGGAAUGUUUAUAAAGGGGUGUUACCUGAUGGAUCUGAAGUUGCCAUAAAAAGGUUCAAGAAUUGCUCACUUGUUGGAGAUGCAAACUUUGUACAUGAAGUAGAAGUCAUUGCAAGUGUAAAACAUGUCAAUCUUGUUGAAUUGAGAGGCUUCUGCACUGCAACAAUUCCAUUGGAAGGACAUCAAAGGAUCAUCGUCUGCGAUUUGAUGCAUAACGGAAGCCUCUAUGAUCAUCUUUUCGGAUCCGAGAAGAAGAGACUUAGCUGGCCUAUUCGUCUUAAAAUUGCCCUUGGAACUGCCAGAGGUUUAGCUUAUUUGCACCAUGGACUUCAUCCUGCUAUCAUUCACAGAGAUAUCAAAGCUAGUAACAUACUUUUGGACGAGACAUUCGAGCCGAAAGUUGCGGAUUUCGGCUUGGCAAAGAUCAAGUCUGAAGGAACGACACAUUUAAGCACAAGGGUAGCUGGAACUCUAGGCUAUGUUGCUCCAGAAUAUGCCUUGUAUGGCAAGUUAACUGAGAAAAGCGAUGUUUAUAGCUUUGGGGUUGUGCUUCUCGAGCUUUUGAGUGGCAAAAAGGCAUAUGACAACGAUGAGGGAAAGAUUUUUCGGGUGACAGACUGGGCAUGGGAGCUUGUGGAACAAGGUAGGGCAUUGGAUGUCCUUGAACAAGACAUGGCGGAGAUUGGAUUAGCAGAAGUGAUGGAGCAGUAUGUUUUAGUUGCAGUUCUUUGUUCUCAUCCCAUAUUAGACGUUAGGCCAACAAUGGACCAAACUGUGAAAAUUUUGGAAUCUGGUCUUCCAGUUCGUUCCAGUUCCUAG